CAUAUUCAGUGCAAACUGGCAAUAAUGUGCUUCUGUAUUUUACAGUUUCGGAGUGUGCUUUGCAGCUACGCAGGAUUGGGGACAAAUGGAAUCUCCAACAAAGGAUUCUGAACCUGAUCUCAAAGCUCUUCUGCCCUGGAACUUGAGAGGGUCUUGAAGAAGAGAAAAGGAAACUGAAAAAACAACAAGAACAACACCAGAGGAGGAAUAAUCUUUGGGAAGAUGCAAACUUUAUGUACUCGGAAUUAUAAGAGAGAAUCUCCAUAAGGUGGAAGAGAUGAAAUCUUUAAAGCAUUUUGUUGCUUGUUUCCAUCAACAUCAACAACAACAAAGCUCCUAUAUGAUGUUUUCAGCCACCAUUUCAGGAAGUUUGUUGGUGAAUGCAAAUGGAGCUAAUGAGAGAGGAAAAAAACUGGAUUUUACUGUUUACUGACAACGUUGAAUGGCCCUGGGAAAUGAAGGAAUCUGAAAACAGCCAUCUGAUCUGGAAACCUAUGCAGUGCUGGCUGUUAAGCACUUUCAUGCAUAGUGAAAAUGAAUUUUUUGUGUGGAUUUCCUUAGAAAAUACAAAUCAGUUUCUCCGCUCUGUUCUUAUUUUCUAGAGUUUGGAAACCUACAUGUGGGAGAAUUAUGUUAUGUAUGCAUUUGUUUUGUGGAGUCCUUGCGCUCUGUUCUUAUUUUCUAGAGUUUGGAAACCUACAUGUGGGAGAAUUAUGUUAUGUAUGCAUUUGUUUUGUGGAGUCCUUGGGGUUCUCUGA